AUGACCAGACGGUGCGCUGCCCUAGCCUGUAAACAGCUGAAUGGGUCACACACCUUCUCUGCCCUUGCCAGUGCAUUGAACGAAGUUCACUGUGAAUUCAAGAUCCGAGACAAAAUCACACGCACCACGACUGACAAUGGGUCCAACUUCAUAAAAGCUUUUAAGCUAUAUGGGCAAACUGAUGAAAACAACAACCCAGGUCCUAGUGUCGAGAGUGCUGAAGCCGAAGAUGACAAUGGUGAUGGGAAUGAUGAAGAACAGGAGAGUGAGGGCAUGGAGUUCGUCGAGGCUGGAGCGAUACUUGACGAGGAUGACUGCCUGGAAUACCAACUACCCAGACACCAUCGCUGUGCUUGCCACCUUCUUAAUUUGGUGUCAACUGUUGAUGUUGAGGAGGCCAAUGUCAACAGCACCUACAAGCGGGUUUCAUGCUCAGCUUUUUUGAAGUGUUGGGGACUUUGGAACAAAAGCGCAAGAUCUACCACAGCAGCAGAGGUCAUCGAAAAGAACUGCAAACUGCAGUUAUUGAGGCCAAAUGCAACAAGAUGGAAUUCCCUGUUCUUGGCAGUGGAGAGGAUCAUCAGAAUUACAAGGGAGCAGGGAGAAGGGGCCAUCACAGCUGUAUGCAGCGCACUGAAGAUAGCCAUGUUCACACCUGUUGAGCUUGCAUUCCUGGCCGAAUACAUGAAGACCAUAGCCCCGGUGGCGAAGGCCCUGGAUGUCCUGCAGGGCGAUACGAAUGUGCAGAUGGGCUGGUUGGUGCCAACGAUCACAAUACUCAAAAACCUCCGCCUUUCCACCAAGUUCUGUAGGCCUUUAAUUGAUGCUCUACUAAAAGGCCUUGAGAAGCGUUUCAAACACGUCCUCACAGAACCAGAGCUGAUUGCUGCUGCAAUUCUCAUGCCCAAAUUCAAGACCAGCUGGACAAGUGACGACUACACCCUGAGACUCGGCCUUGACUAUAUCAAAAGUCACUUGAAGGACCAAGCUGAGGACAAUCAAGCUGAGAGCUUGCCUUCUUCUUCAGAGGAGGAGGACUUCUUUUCUUCAAUCAAACAGCCCAGUUCCCAAGAAAAUGCCAAACAGCUGGAGACUUACCUUGGCUCCCCAGGUGAUACAAUGGAAGCACUUAAGACUUUUCCAGCUAUUUGCAACCUUUCCUUGAGGCUUAACACUGCACUCCCAGCCUCAGCUGCAUGUGAGAGACUGUUUAGUGUAACGGGACUGAUCUUCCGUCCAAAAAGGGCACGUAUUGAUCACAAGAACUUUGAGAAUCAGCUUCUUUUGAGGCGCAACAAAGCAUUCUGGUUUCCUAAACCGUCUUUAGAGGUCACUGAGGUCUCAACAGUGCCCUUUGAUAUUGUUAAUGAAGAUAUAACACUGGCCCUGAAACACAAAGCUGUAUUGGGUGACGCAGCAGUGAAAAUACCGGCCAAGUUGUGGAUUAUUCUGAAGCCCGAUGACACCAGGAAGCUUAUUUUGCCCAUUGGAAUUCCAGAGACAAUGGAAAAACUCCUGGAUGAAGUCAGGAAAGUGUGUGGUUUGAAUGGGGAAUUCAGACUACAGUACCAAGACAAAGACUUUGGAGAUGCAUUUAUGAAUUUAACAUCUACUGCGGAACUUGAGGAUCUGGCAACUAUCAAGAUCAAUGCUGAAUUUCUCCGGAUUACAACUGUUCCACUUCAAACAAGAUUCCUGGCUGCCUUGGACAAGCACUACAUCAAGCUGAUCGAGCUCAUCAGAAGCAAGGGAGGAGCUGUCAUGGAGAAGAGCAAGAGGAUGCUCAAAAUUCUUGAUCAGGGGAUGCUGAGAAGUGAAUAUUACGAGGCUGUUCAAAGCCCUGGUGACCUGACAGCCACCUGCCACGUGCUGAACAUAGGCGAGCUGUCCAUGCUGUCUUCAGGCCCCUGGCACGAGGUUGUGUUCCUCAUCCUCCUCGUCCCCCAUGCUGCCAAUGUGAAGACAAGGGUACCACAUCGUCAUCAGGUUGUGCAGGUACACAUGACACUCAAUGAUGUCCUGCACAAUGGACGGCCUAGGCUGCAGUGUGGUGAGGAGGACCUGCCAUCUCUGGGCCAGGAUCACUCAUCCCAAUUCACGCAUCCCUCUGGAGGUUUGAGUGUCUAUAUGGCUUCAUCAGGUAGGCCCUGA